AUGGUUCGUUUAUCCUUCACCAUCUACCUCGCUGUGUUGACCUCUUCGGCACUGGCGAGUCAGCAGGUAUUUGGACCGCGCGAAACUAUUGAGAAUGGCUCUCCUCUUUAUGACUGCCACGAAGCAUGCGGCGAGGUUAUCUUGAUGGCCGAACAAGGCAAUUAUUGCUCCAACUCCAAUUACACAUCGGAUCUCAGCACGUGCCUGAAAUGCGCCGCAACUUGCGAGAUUUGGAAAUACUAUGGAACGGAGGUUAAAUCGGCUGCGGCAAACUGUAGCGACUCUGCGACUCCUAGUUCUUCGUCUGCGAGCUCGUGUGCAUCUACUAUUGGUGCGGUAACUGCGGCUGCUACUUCUACUGGCUCUACUACAGGUACUGCUUCGACCACCGGAUCUACUGCAACCUCUACUGGUGCUGGAUCGGUUGUUCAGCAGAAUAUUGCUCUCACAGGUGUGAUGAGUCUUUUUGUUUGGAGUCUGGUUGUAUAG